ACAGCUGUUUCCGUCCAUCUUUGCUAGAUCUGAUCUUUAUACCCCAGACCACUGCGCUAGUGUUUCUACAGCAAGUUUUCAUCCUACGCAUUUGACCGCAAAUGAAAUAACGAGGAACGAUGGCAGAAAUAUGGUCUUAUAUCGUGAAUCAUACUCGAGCAAAAUCGGCUUCUUUUCAGAUAACAGAAUUUUUGAAUAUUUUUAAAAGUUUGCUAUUUCGCUAAUGGACUACACGCGUACGGAACAUAAGGAAAUCAAUAAUAGAAUGUGGGUGGACCAAUGGUUUUACACGUCAUGAUAUCAAUAUUCCUUAUCAAUGAAAUCAUUUUGUAAGGACACAGUGUACACUAUACGCUGUUUCUGUAGGCAUCAAAAACRCGACUCUCGCUUGUCCUGGCUAACGCACCAUUUCCGAUUAGACUAGCCGGCAAAGCAGGACGAUGCAGAGGGGUUUUCUCGUUUAUUUUAUACCAUUUUUUUGCCAACGAAUUAACUAGCUUUAAUUGAUUCAAUUCAGAAUUGAGAACAUGGGCUACUUAGGACAUGCCAGUUUUAGGUCUGGUCAAGAAAUGUUUUGAAGUAGAGGUAUACAUCUCGCUUAUAGUGUACUUUACGUUCGACAUCUAAACGUUAUUCCACGAAAGGCGCGAGUAAGACCACGGAAAAACAUUGCCGGUCAAUCACCGAGAGAUCUUACGGUGACUGAAUCCGGAAGACCUUUGAAAACAUGGGAAAACAUGGGAUUGAAAACUGGAGUGAUUGUCUUAUAGCAGUGUUAGUAAUUCUGUUAUUUUGUGUUACUCUAUUACUGAAUAUUCUAGCUCUGCAUUACACCUAUAGCAAGAUCCGAAAGCCGUCGAACAAAAAAAUCCCACAUCUUCUGGUAGGCGCUCUUUCGUUAGGUGGCUUGGGCAUAGCCAUUUUUGAGUAUCCUCCAUUUAUUGCCUCGAGAUUCCAAGGGGAAUGGCUGAACGAUUCUGGAGUUUGUAGCUUUGUUGCCUUCAUAAUUGUUUUGUUUGGAAACUUCACUAUAUGUUUGGUUGUUUUGAUGAGCUUAGAACGGCUAGGCGCAAUAGUCUUUCCAUUCUACUACAAAGAACACGUUGAUUUUCGCAAGGCUGUUAUUGUACUCGUUCUAGUGAUAAUUUACUCUAUACUACUAGCAAGUUUGCCCAUAUUUUUGGAUCGAAUCCGACUUAAUGUCUCUACCGGUGUUUGUACAUACGCCGUGGACACUCACAACACCAACACGAGGAUAAUAGUGGCUGUGAUGGUCUCUCACUACAUCGCCUCUAUAGUCUUGAUGUUCAUAUCAAACUUGGUCGUUGUAAGAACUGUAAGUAAGCUUGAUAAAAACACGAUGUCGGAUGAAUAUUCAAGUCGAAGUGGAGAGAGAAAGCAUCAUGGGGGCAAUGCCUGCUUAAACUUCGCGAAAAUGGUUGGCGUUCUGGCGUUUUGCUACACAGUUUGUUGGACAGUUAUUUUGAUGCGCAUUUUACUUUUAUACGUGUACGGCUGGAGUAACUACUACUACGAUCAAGUAGUUAUUGUCCUCACAACAUUUGAUCCUCUCAUAAACCACUGCGUCUGUCUAUGGAUCAUGAGAAAAUACCGCGACGGUUAUGCUAGUUCAAUGGGCAGUCUAGUAUCUUGCUUUAAGAUCUCUGAUGAUGGUAUAUGGGCGACUACAAUCACUAGAUUGAGCUCCAUGUCUCGACGGUCGACAUAUUCAAGAGCGUCGACACGGUCUUCUUCCAGACAGCCAUCAAAACCUUACGUCUACAAGCAAGUGCCUCAAAAUAUAGAAGCCAAUCGACCACCCGAUCUUCUUCCAGAUAUCGAGGAUCAACAAAAACAAUUUCCUGUACUGAAUCCAGAAAAAGAAGACAAAACGAGCGAGAAACGAGUUCUAGAUAAAAGAAUAUAUUCUGAUACGAAUAAAGAGUGGUCAGAGUUGAUUAAAGAACUCAAUGCAGAAAAAAAUGAAAAAUCACCUAGAGUUUCGUCAGAAUUUCAGCGUAGCAAAAUUGAAGCUAUUAUGGAAGUGCCUCAAGAAGGUGUUUCGAAGCAUUAUAAAACAAAGUCUAAAUGGUUGGAAAUUAUUCAGAAACAUAAAGCAAAAAACCAGGGUGAUUUAGAAAAAGGAAAGGUUGAUAUACUAGAGGAGAGGUCUGCAGGCUUUGAUGUAACUGCUGGCGGAUCUCUGCAGGUUGGUGCUCAACAAUAUGCGUUGAAAAAGAAAGACAAUCUUCCUGAACUUUUGCAGGAAAUUAAGAGAGAAACAAAGAGUGCCAGGCCUGAGUUGCUGGGGUGCGUCGAGCCUGGGACGUCAAGAGAUAAUGAUAUCAACCCAAUACCUGAACUUUUGCAAGACAUUAAAUCAAAUGAUGAAGAAACAACGAAAACGCAGAAUAGACGUUCAUCUGGAGAUAAAGAAUCUGAGCAAAAGGAUGCAUCAAGUAGUGAGCCAAAAGCAGAAGAAGAUGAACAAGGUCCUGAUGCGCAAAAGGAAAAUCAAGACAAGGAAGAGAAUUCCCAAGAUUAAUGGAAUUUUGGUAUAAGUUAUUUUAAGUGCGCAAAAUUACCAAAGGCUUUUCGAUGUUUUUCCCUGAUGUAACUUUAUCAAGGGAACAAGAUUUUUCCGCAGCUAGUACGUUAAUAAUAAUAAAUGCAUCCGACUGUGAGAUGGUCGUGACCAGGGCAAAGGGCUGAUCAAA